GGAGGAGGAGGAGGAAGGAUGAGCACGGCCGCCAGCCCCGAGCCCCUGCCCGAGCCCCCCGGGCCCCGCUGCGCCCCCCAGGACGGCGCCGAGUUCCUGCGGGCGCGGGGCGGGGGGGGGGACCUGCGCCAGGACUUCAACCUCAUGGAGCAGAAGAAGCGGGUGACCAUGAUCCUCCAGAGCCCGUCCUUCCGGGAGGAGCUGGAGAGCCUCAUCCAGGAGCAGAUGAAGAAGGGGAACAACUCGUCGCACGUGUGGGCGCUGCGGCAGAUCGCCGACUUCAUGGCCACCACGUCCCCCGCAGCCCUGCCCACCUCCCCCAUGGGGCUGGCGUCGGUGACCCCCAUUAACGACCUGCACGGGACGGAGGGGCCGGCGCUGGCCAAGGGCGAGCGGCUGAUGCGCUGCAAGGUGGGCAGCAUCCACCGGCUGCUGGACCUGUACGGCUGGGCACAGCUGGGGCACGCCGCCGUCACACUGAGGGUCAGCAAGGAGCAGGAGCACUUCUUGGUGGCCCCGCAGGGGUUGGCGUGCAGCGAGGUGACCGCGGCCAGCCUGGUGAAGGUGAACGUGCUGGGGGCCGUGGUGGAGCCCGGCAGCACCGGCUUCGCGCCCGACGCCCGCAGCUUCAGCCUCCACGCCGCGAUCUACGCGGCGCGCCCCGACAUCCGCUGCAUCGUGCGGCUGCACACCCCGGCCGCGGCCGCUGUGUCGGCCAUGCGCUGUGGGCUCCUGCCCAUCUCCCGGGCCGCGCUGCUCCUGGGGGACGUUGCCUACUUCGACUUCCGCGGGGAGGUGGAGGACGAGGCCGACCGGGUGGAGCUCCAGAAGUGCCUCGGGCCCACCUGCAAGAUCCUGGUGCUGCGGAACCACGGGGUGCUGGCGCUGGGGGACACGGCCGAGGAGGCCUUUUACAGCAUCUUCCACCUGCAGGCGGCCUGCGAGGUCCAGGUGUCAGCGCUGGCGAGUGCAGGCGGCGCCGAGAACCUGAUCGUGCUGGAGGGGGCGAAGCAGCGGGUGCCCCACGGCCCCGGCGCCCUGCGCCGCGCCGGCACCACCUUCGGGCCCCUGCACAAGAGCCGCCUGGGCGAGCACGAGUUCGAGGCCCUCAUGAGGAUGUUGGACAACCUGGGGUACCGCACGGGCUACACGUACCGCUACCCCUUCGUGCAGGAGAAGAGCAAGCCCAAGAGCGAUGUGCUCAUUCCGGCCACCGUGACGGCCUUCGUGUUCGAGGAGGAGCCCGCCGGGACCCCCGCGCUGCGCCAGCACGCCCAGAAGCAGCAGAAGGAGAAGACGAGGUGGCUCAACACCCCCAACACCUACACCAGGGUCAGCCUGGCCGAGGAGCCGCAGGGCAGCGCCGGCGGCCAGAGGACAAAGACCACGUGGCUGCGAGCGGACGAGGUGGAGAAGGGCAGCAGUGGGACCCCCAUUCGCAUCGAGAACCCCAACCAGUUCGUGCCCCUCUACACGGACCCGCAGGAGGUGCUGGAGAUGCGCAACAAGAUCCGGGAGCAAAACCGCCAGGACGUGAAGUCAGCCGGGCCCCAGUCGCAGCUGCUGGCCAGUGUCAUCGCCGAGAGCAGCCGCAGCCCCUCCACCGAGAGCCACCUGGGGGACACGGAGGCCAAGGAGGGCUCCCGGGAAGAGGCUCCCCCUGAGCCGGAGCCCCCCAACCCCUUCAGCCAGCUCACGGACCAGGAGCUGGAGGAGUACAGGCAGGAGGUGGAGAGGAAGAAGCGGCUGCAGGGUGAGAAGGAUGCGGCGGCCGAGGAGAGCGGGGCCCCCCCGCCCAAAGCCCCCCCUGGCUCAGCCCCGGAGCCCCCCGUGCCUGCGGAGCCCACGGAGGGUGACAAGAAGGUGGAUGGCGGCCAAGCCCCGGCCGAUUCCACCACCAAGAAGGAGCCGCCGGCGGUGGUGAACGGGAAGGACGAGGAGCAAAGCACCGAGGAAAACCUGGGAAAAGGGGGGACGGAGCGGACAGCCCCCAACGCCGACCAGGAUGUCCCCAAGGAGAAGGAGACGGUGACCAGCACCCCCGUCUCCCCCGACGGUUCACCCUCCAAAUCACCCUCCAAGAAGAAGAAGAAAUUCCGGACCCCAUCUUUCCUGAAAAAAGGCAAAAAGAAGGAAAAGAUCGAAUCUUGAGUCUCCCUGGAGGCCUCGCUGGCGGUGGUGGCCAUCCCUGGGAUCCCCCGGGGCAGGGGGACGGCUCCUGCCUCGCGCGUCUGGCCGAGGCCCAGCCCCAAACCCCGGAAUCCGGCUGUUUUCCGGGUCCUCCUGGCACGAGGCACCUCGUCCCCCUUGUCACCCGCUCCUGGAGGUGGUCACCGAGCUUAGAGAGACUGUGGUCCCCACCUGGGAAAAUUCCUGCUGCACCUCCCUCCCCCUCUCCCUCCUGGGCUCCGGCCUCUUCCCACCACGGGCUGAGAGUUGGAUUUUCCCACCAGAGCCCGGAUCCGCUUGAUUUGAGGAAGAAAAGGGUGUUUUGUGGUUA